CGACGCACAAGAUGGCGGCCCCGAUGGCCAGGGGCAAGUGGUUGCGGCUCGGCCUUUGGCUCUAGCGUGGGGCUGGGGGCCGAGACUCGUUGCUCAGGUGACGUGUAGUCAGGGCGGCGCCGCCGCCGGGCUCCGUGCGGUGCAAGGCCCGCUUGCUGCUAUCCCCAAACCCCGCCGCCUCACCAGGCUUGUCCCGGGGCGGAACCAAAGGAAGGUCAGGCCCUGCAGCCCCUCCCCGUCCUGUCCUCCCUGGCCCCGGGCGGUCACUGUGGGCAGCUCACUUAAGAGUUGAACUUCAACCACGUGCAGCUUCCAUGGCGGCCUUGGAGGCCCUGGGGGAGAAGAUUAACAUCCUGGAGGCAGAGACUGUUAAGGUUGGGGAGAGGGACCCACUGGGGAACGACUGUCCGGAGCAGGGCAGGUUACCACAGCGCUCCUGGAGGCAGAAGUGCGCCUCCUACGUGCUGGCCUUGAGGCCCUGGAGCUUCAGUGCCUCGCUCACCCCAGUGGCCCUGGGCAGUGCUCUGGCAUACAGAUCUCACGGCGUCCUGGAUCCCAGGCUGUUGGUGGGUUGUGCCGUGGCUGUCCUGGCUGUGCACGGGGCUGGCAAUUUGGUCAACACUUACUAUGACUUUUCCAAGGGUAUUGACCACAAAAAGAGUGAUGAUAGGACGCUAGUUGACCGAAUCUUGGAGCCCCAGGAUGUUGUUUGGUUUGGAGUCUUCCUGUACACCUUGGGCUGUGUCUGUGCCGCAUGCCUCUACUCCCUGUCCCCUCUGAAGCUGGAGCACUUGGCUCUCAUCUACUUUGGAGGCCUGUCUGGCUCCUUUCUCUACACAGGAGGAAUUGGAUUCAAGUAUGUGGCUCUGGGAGACCUCAUCAUCCUCAUCACCUUUGGCCCGCUGGCUGUGAUGUUCGCCUACGCCGUCCAGGUGGGAUCCCUGGCCAUCUUUCCACUGGUCUAUGCCAUCCCCCUUGCUCUUAGCACCGAGGCCAUUCUCCAUUCCAACAACACCAGGGACAUGGAGUCCGACCGGGAGGCCGGCAUUGUCACACUUGCCAUCCUCAUCGGCCCCACCUUCUCCUACAUUCUCUACAACACGCUGCUCUUCCUGCCCUACCUGGUCUUCAGCAUCCUGGCCAUUCACUGCAGCAUCAGCCUGGCUCUGCCCCUGCUCACUAUCCCCAUGGCUUUUUCUCUCGAGAGACAGUUCCGAAGCCAGGCCUUCAACAAGCUGCCCCAGAGGACUGCCAAGCUCAACCUCCUGCUGGGACUUUUCUAUGUCUUUGGCAUUAUUCUGGCACCAGUAGGCAGUCUGCCCAAACUUUAAGGGGACCAGUAGCUUCCCCCACAACAUGUCCCCCUUUCUUAGAAUGUAUUAAGGUCAGAGCCACCGAGAAGGGAAUGUGAUUCGGCAAUGAGGGUACUAGGCAUGGAUGUGAACACCUACCUUUUUUAAAUUAUUAUGAUGUUCUUAAAGAUAAUCUGUUGUUCUUCUGUUUGUUCUUAUUUUUCCAUUUCUCUGGGGAACUU